UUUCGUGCCGCAAAAGGGAAUGCAAAAACCAAAAUAAAAAAUGGCGAUCGCAUCGGGGAGCAGCAGUGAUUUGUUUUGAUCUCGGUUCCGUCUCGGUCAAAGUCUGCGGGGCAGCAAAAUAAAUCCACUUUUCUAGUGUCACCGUACUCGAGAAGCUGCAAAAAUUACGUCGAAGCAUGAACUAGCCCUCGCCUGUCUGAGCCGCAGCAACAGCAAGCCGAAAAUGUCCCGCGCUAAGUCUCGAAUCCAGGCGGAAAUCUGCGGCGAUUGUGGUAGCUCAGACCCCUCGUGGGCCUCAAUCAACCGAGGAAUCCUUUUGUGUGCCGACUGCUGCUCGGUGCAUCGCAGCUUGGGUCGACACAUUUCCCAGGUGAAAUCACUCCGCCAGGGUACUUGGAUUCCUUCUCUGUUGGCUUUCGUCAAUCAGUUAAAUUCUCACGGGGCCAACAGUGUUUGGGAACAUCUGCUACUGGAUUCGGUUGCUCCAAAAAACCUCAAACGAAAACCAACCCCGAAGGAUCCACUGCACCCGACCAAGGCCGAUUUCAUUCGAGCCAAACAUGUGAAUCUUUCCUACGUGCUGAAACCCAACCUUGACGAAUCCGGUGGCAAUGCAUUGAGUUUGGAACUGGAACUGAGCAAACAGUUACAUGCUAGCGUUCGAGCGGCAAAUCUUGAAACAAGCUUACGACUGCUGGUCCAGGGUGCAGAUCCUAACUUUUUUCACGAAGAUAAGGGUACAACUCCGUUGCACGUAGCCGUCAGAUCCGGUCAACUGCCGCAGAUCGAACUGCUCAUGGUAUACGGAGCCGAUGUCAAUGCGGUAGAUUCACAAGGCAACACUCCGUUAGAUGUGGCCAAGGCAUGCAAACACUCAGCAAUCAUAGAGCGCCUGAUAGAAGCUAUGUAUGAAGUAACCGAUCGAUUGAGCUUUUUCUUGACUAAUAAGAAACCGGAUCACGCAUCCGGUCAACACCUUUUGAUUCCGGAUCAGUCGAAAAAGGAAAUCAGCGAGCAGUUAAAAAUUGCCCGUGGUAAACUGCAGCUUGUUCCGAAUCGCAUGUUUGAGGAAUUGGUCAUGGAUUUGUACGACGAGGUCGAUCGCCGAGAGACCGAGGCAAUUUGGGUGACCAGCUCGUUGAAUCCGGAAAACGGUGCCGUUCCUUUCCUCCCGACUAAUCCUCAUUUGAGUGCUACAAGAAAUCAGGGUCGUCAGAAGUUGGCUCGCUUCAGUCAGCAGGAGUUUGCUGGUCUCAUCAGUGACGUAUUGAUCGACGCCCGUCGCCGACAGAAUAUGGCCAAUUUGCGUCCCAUCGAUGGUCCUUUGCCGGUAAAUCUAGCGCAUUUGAGAAACACCGCAUCAAUCAACGCGAGGGACUCUAAUCUGUCCGAUGAUGAACCAUUGUACGAUGCCGUAGCCUCCGAUGAUGAUUACGCCGCUCUGGCACCAGCAGCGCAACAGGCCAUUGUCAAUAAAUCACCUCACGGGGCUGCCGUACCCAGCGUUGAGGUAGAAUCGCUUCGUCAAAAGCUGCACGACCAGGAAUCAACCAUCCACGAGCUACGCGUGCUAAUUCAGAAGCUAACGAGCGAAAACUGUCAACUCAAGUCCCGGAUCGAUUCAAAGGAGUACGACGUGCAACUUCGUAUCGAUAGUCAUCUGAAUGGGUCCUCAAACGAGAGUGCCGAGGACGUUGAACCGGUUUCCGAUGGGCGCCAGUACGGAAAACGCCCGGUAAGCAUGUACGAGACCCGACAAAUGCCUCGUGAAGAAAAUAGACCACCGGUAACGCAAAGCCUGUACUCGAUGGCACCUGUCGCCAAUAACGGAACCGGAAACAAUGGCGAAAAGAUUUUCAACAGCCAAAACACUAGUGCUGGAUCGGAUCUUAAUAAUUCCGGUGCAGGCUCUGACGACCCGUUGCCAUUAUUUGAAGAAAUUAAAAAACGAACCGAUUUGGUCGCUCGUAGAAUCAAAGAGCUAUUCGCGGCCAUGCAGGACCUCUCCAAGACAGAUUCAUUUGUGCCAUGUGCCGAAAGAAUAAGGGUGGCCGUCGCAGAACUUGUGGUCAUUUUCCCUAUCCCGAUGCGGGACGAGACGACUCGCAAUGCCCUGAAGCAGCUCAACUACAACUCCAAUCAGAUUCAAACGGAGUGCGCUAGAUUGCAGCGCGCCUUCAUCGAGGAAGGCCAACAGCCACAGCAAUCGGUCUUGUCGGACAGCAUUAAGCUAAACAUGGAAAAAGUUCGGGGUUGUGCAUACGAUUUGGCCAUGUCGACAAAAAUUUUAAUCACUCACUUCCAGCAGGCUUAGGCAGUUGGGAAGGUGCAGAAUUAAUAAUGAUUUUACAAGUUUGGUUUUACAGUACAGUAAUUAUGUUUUAUACAUCUAUUAAAACAAGUAUUUUAUCCAACCUAAUCAUACCUAAACCGAGUCCCUCUCCCGUUGUUCACAAUAUUAAACAAUCAAAAAGAUUGCCGUAUGUGCCAAAAUAUGCCUUUAUGCCACAGUUAUAAUAGAGUAUUUUACAUAUUAACAUACCUUUUCAAAGUACUAUUUAAACGUCAUCCAUUCAUUAUAUUAUUAAAUGACAUAUACUUUUAUUGGAUUGACUAAUUUAUUAUUUUACAUUAAAAUAGAUGGAUAAACUUUUAUACUAAACCGUAACUUACACAGAAUACAAUUCCGAAAAAAAUUAAAGGGUACUGACCAGGUACAAUUUUGAACAUAAUGAUCCCUUAAAUUUGUGAAUAAGAAUAUGAACCGAUUUUAUGCACUCAUUGGUUAUUGAUCAUAGUUUCAAUCGAAGAUCUUGUCAGUACCCCCCUUCGCAGAUUAUAAUCAACUUAAUCAAUUUUCAACCAAACAGUAAUCUACUGCCUUAAUCUAUCCGAUCAGCGACAAUAAACAGU